AUGGCGAAUGUCGAAGCGUCCAGCCCGUUUCGCAGUAGUUACCUGGAAGCGGCCGCCAGGCAUCUAAACUCCGAUCUCUUCGACCCUCAGUCAACACCACCACCAACACAGCUAGAACUCCCACAACUUCCUCAACAGUCUGCCACGGCUGCUCGCAACGGCCAACAACCACAGGUCUCCCGACGCCGACACUCGCGAGCCUCCUCUCCCUGGAUCUUGACAGCAUUCUCUGACUUCUCUGACAUCGACUUGACUUCCCCCUCAACCUCGACUCUGCGCACCGCGGCCCCACAGUACACACCUGUUCUCCCUCCGCCUCUACCAACUCCCCAGCUGCAACUCAUAUCUUUAUCCACGAUAGCGACGACCUUCCCGCAAGACGUGAGCGAGUCGAUAUUAUCCUCGUCGCCCGUGUCUCUUCCUUCCUUGAGCAGCUCGGCCGAUCGCCUGCCGCGCUUCCAUCCUCAACGACCAUUCCGCCCGCUACCAACCGCGAACCCCAACGACAACGACGACACCCCAGAAGCUGACGUGCCAUUCAUGUCAGUCCGUGAGUCGUUGCGAAUAGACAGGCUUGUCUCGUCUCGCCCCAAGAGUCCACCGCCACCGCGGCCACAGUUUAGCCGACUUACGGAAGCUGGGAGUAGCAGCAGCAAUAGCAAUCCAUUUUCUGCAACGGAGACAUCCACGCCGCCAACCGUCAAGCCUGAGGCCACCACUAGCAGCAGUGUCGAACUUUCCUCUUUAACUGAACACAUAAUGCCCGCUUCUACGAGGUCACGGGCAACUGCCGCCUCGGGGAGCAAUUCCUCGCCACCAUCUACAUCUGAGUCUACCAAAUCGAGAGCCGUGAGACGAUCGCAAGGCGGAGCAUCUAACCAAAACACUCGACCGCGGCGCGGGGCAGAGGAGGAUGAGGAUGAAGAUGAGUGGGAGCAACCGCUGGCAAAGCGACGAAGGCUCGGACAGGCAAACACGGAGGUCAUCGAUCUCGUGGAUGCUGAGACGGCUCCCGCACCACCGAAGCCAACCAAGCCAAAGUCUGCAAACCAGAUCAGACUCUCAAGCCUGCAGUGUUCCAUUUGUAUGGACGACAUGACAUGCCUAACAUCUACUCACUGUGGCCACUUGUUUUGCGGCGGCUGUCUCCACAGCGCUCUGCAUGUUAACGCUACAAAGCGAGUCUGUCCAAUCUGCCGACAGAAGAUCGAGCUGGUCCCUACGUCUGGAGCCCGUGCCAACAAGGUUCCUGCCAAGGGCUUUUGGCCGCUGUCGCUCAAGAUCAUGACAGCGACAAGAAAGGGCAAGACAAAAGAGGCAGAGACAUCAUAG